AUGCCUGUUGCAACCGCUCGCAGUCCUUCUCCAGCUCGGGACGCUCGAGAAGUCAAGCGGCUCAAGACAGAUCACACCAGUAGCCCACCUCGACAAGCACAAUCACUGUCUACCCUCAUUACAUCCGAUGAUAAUCAGCCCAGCGUAUCCGCUGAUGCUGAUCAACCGAAUGAAGCUGAACUUGUAGAAGAGCAAAUGUCUUUGCCUAUCGAAUUUCCUAAAACGUACGAGAACGAGCUGAAUUAUCGCGAUAAGUUGGUGCUGGCACCUAUGGUGAGGACAGGAACCUUACCUACGCGACUUCUAUCCCUUUACUAUGGAGCUGGAUUAGUGUGGUCACCCGAAGUAGUAGAUAAAGCUAUAAUAGGAUCAGAAAGGACCGUUGAUCAGAAGCCCUAUCUCAUCUUCCAGAUCGGGUCGUCCGAUCCAGAGCUCGCCGUGAAGGCUGCUCAGAUAGUUCAACAGGAUGUAUCAGGGAUUGAUCUGAAUUGCGGUUGUCCCAAGCCUUUCUCAACCCGUGAUAUGCGACCCGCAGAACGAGCUUUAUGGGAAAGAUUGGCAGAUAUAGUAGCUUUAGGAAAGCAACGCGGUUUACCCGUAAUUUGUAAUGGAGAUGGUGAUGGUUGGGCCAAUUGGGAGAAGAUCAGAACCGAGACCAAUGCCGAUUCUGUCAUGCUUGCUCGUGCAGCAGAACGUAACCCCUCUGUGUUCCUGCCCACUGGACCGGUAUGUAAUAUGACAGAAGUCGUCCCAAAACUGCUCGCCAUCGCGAAGCAUACCAACAACCCGUGGGGAAACACCAAAUUCCUCUUAACCCAAUUCAAAGCUUCUCCACCGCCUAUAUCCAACAUGUCGAAGCAAGAGCGAAAACAAGCAGCUGAGAUUGUCAGCAAAAGCAAAACAGUAGAACAGGUCGCAGAAGGUCUCAAAAUACCUAUCGACGACGUUAAGGAGGUGUUCGAUGUUAUAGUAAAGAAGAUUGCGGAACGAGGUCGAGCGGAUACGAAUAUCUGGGAAGAAAGGCAUGAAGCGGAGGUCAAUGGUCAGGUGAUAGAUGAGCCAGCGACAGUUGACGGAGAAGCAGAAGUGGACGGUUUCGAAGUAGGUGUUGGACAAGCCCAAUCAUAG